AUGUCGAAUAUAGGUCUGAAGUCAGAUGAAGAUGACAUCAAUAUUCAAGAAUAUCGAAGUGAUAUGGAAGUAGUACAAUCAAAAGCACUUGAGGAGAAGGUACUUCUACCUUUUGAAUUCUACGUCACAAGAUUAUAUAUUCAAUCUCUCACAUGGGUAAUUCUACCUUUUGAAUUCUAUGUCACAGGAGCUGGAAAAGGGCAUUUUGGUCCAUCUAUAUUCAGAUGGGUACCUCCUGGUGGCACAUCACAUGAAGGUGAAGGCGUUGGUGGAGUCGAAGGUCUUUCACUAUCAUUAUCUUCCAAUUUACAGCACUUGGAAGCAGCUAAAAAAUUUCGUCUUCAUAUAAUAACUGAUAAUCAACAAAGUAUAUGCUAUGGACUUCCUGACAUGGACGCAAAGGGUCAUGAUGGUGCUACUGGUAACUUGGAUUUUCUUCGUAACAGACCACAGUUUCAAGCACUUCGAGCCAUGGUGCAGGCUAAUCCCCAAAUCUUGCAGAUACUAGCAUUGGUCAAGGGGGUAGUAUUGCAUGGAAGGUGCUUCAAUACACACUUGCUUACAACAAUGUACACAAACUAA